ACCUUGACUUACCAAACGCGACUUGAGACCUCAGUCAACAACAAUGUCCCGAGACAUUCGCCAUGACGUGGUUUUUCUCAACGAUUUGGCACCCGUGCCGUCUCAUGUAACCCGCUGGGAGCGCAUCAGAUAUCGGGAUGCCCACUUGUUAGUACAAUGUCUAGCCGAAGCGAUGGGCACCUUCCUUUAUUGUUUCUGUGGCAUUGGCUCUCAAGCGGCAAACACCACUGGGAAUAUUAACAAACUUGCUGGACUGGGAUCCGUAUUGCAGAUCGGGUUUGCCUAUGCGGUGGGUAUCAUGCUCGCCCUUCUCAUUGCUGGACCGACAUCGGGAGGUCACUUUAACCCAUGCGUAACGAUCGCAAACAUUGUUUUUCGAGGGUUUCCUCUCCGAAAGGCACCUUUCUACAUCGUCGCCCAGAUCCUGGGUGCCUUCGUCGCUUGCCUCGUGGUGUAUCUUCAGUAUCGAGAUGUUAUCCUCCAAAUGGAAGCCGGAUUAGCUGCAGCCGGGGAACUUGAUGCCAUCAAUUUCACUGCUCAAGGACCCGCUGGCAUAUUCGGACUCUAUGUCACUCCUGGAACCAAUCUUGGCAUUGUCUUCUGGAACGAAUUCAGUUGUGAUUUUAUCUUGGGUUUGGCCAUUUGGGCAUGCAUCGAUCCGACAAACUUUUUCGCCCCACCGGCCAUGGCGCCUAUGAUUAUUAGCGUUACGUACGCAACUAUCAUCUGGGGUUUCAGCCCAAUCGGACUUGCGGCCAACUCUGCAAGGGACGUCGGGGCCAGGAUAAUGGUUCUCUGCAUCUGGGGCACAAAGGCUGCCGGUGGACCGUACGCCGCAAUCGCUGCUUUGGCAAAUAUUCCGGCCACUCUGCUUGCCGCUGCGUUUUACGAAUAUGUCUUCAGGGACUGCGAUCGAGUUGUACCAAGUGCCCAACGCGAAUACUUUGGGGCGAUGGAUUCUUAUGCCAAACGCAAGGAAGAGGGCCCGACUUCGUUUGUAUCAUCCGACCCAGAACUCCCUAUCGUAGCGAGCAGCGAAGUCAAGGGGUGAGACCGAAUGGUGCCUCCGGAUACCAGGACCUGCAUGGAUGCAUAUGUUAUCU